AUCCGAUCAAACCCAAGGCAUAAAUUUCUUAUCCUGCUCUCUCGGGCGCCUCCUUCCUCGCCAUUUCCGCGUCAACUUUCCCCCCUGAUCCUCCUUGGUUAGGUGGGUUCUUGUGCGGCGGAGCAUUAAGCGUGCGGCGGCGGCGGCGAGCUCUUUUCCUCCGAAGAGAAAAGAGGACACCUUUUGCUCUAAAGUGACUGAGGUUUGGGCUUUGGAGAAAUUAUUUGGAGAACCCAUGCUCUGAAGUGAGAUAUAUUUGGACAACUUUGGCUCUGAAGUGAGAUAAGUCUGGAGGCAUUUUUUCUACCCAGAAAUGUGCUAAUCUGGGACAUCAAAUAAAAAUGAGGACAUCGAAAUCCUUUAUAGGAGGAUUGGAGAGAUAACGUGAUGGUAACUACUACAACUGCAGGAAUGUUUCUUGUGUGUUUUGAUGCCUUGUGCCCCUGUUUUGGCUCGAAAAAGAAUGAUGGAAGUGAAGAUCCUGUUCUUUCAAAAGAGACAAAUUCAUUUAGGUCUUCUGAAAUGAGGUCAAUGUCUGACAGAAUUCCCGGAAGCCCUCUUCGAGUACCUGCAAGUCCAUCUAGAUUUUCACUAUCUUCACAGCCAAGUAGAAAUGAUCCCCUAAACCUAAGUCUUGAACAAGUUAUUAAAUUGACACGUAACUUUUCGCCGGCAUUGAUGAUUGGAGAAAGUUACUUCGGAAAGGCCUACAGAGCGGAGCUGCAAGAUGGCUUUUUUGUAGCUAUUAAAAGGGCAAGAAAGGAACAUUUCGCUUCUUUACACGCAGAGUUCAAAAAUGAAAUUGCCCUGCUAAAGAAGAUUGAACACAGGAAUUUGGUACAGUUACUUGGUUAUAUUGACAAAGGGAAUGAACGAAUUGUCAUUACUGAGUUUGUUUCAAAUGGCACUCUUAGGGAUCAUUUGGAUGGACACCAUGGGCUAAUAUUGGGCUUCAGUCAGCGGCUUGAAAUAGCCAUAGAUGUUGCCCACGGAUUAACUUAUCUGCAUCUAUAUGCUGAGAAACCCAUAAUACACCGGGAUGUGAAGUCAUCAAACAUUCUACUAACUGAAGGCUUCAGGGCGAAAGUAGCCGACUUCGGAUUUGCAAGAACUGGUUCUUCAGAGCAGUCAGAGAUACAGACUGACGUGAAAGGAACGGCUGGCUAUGUAGAUCCAGAGUAUCUACGGACAAACUAUCUGACAGUCAAGAGUGAUGUGUACUCUUACGGUAUGUUGCUCCUGGAAAUCCUUUCAGGCCGUCGUCCUAUUGAGGUGAAAAGGCCAAGAGAAAAGAUUACUGUGCGAUGGGCAUUCGAGAAAUAUAACCGAGGGGAUAUUCAGGAAAUAAUGGAUCCAAUGCUAACCGAAUCAGUAAACGAAGAUAUACUGACAAAGAUUUUUGAUGUAAUGUUCCAAUGUGUUGCUCCUACUCGUGCUGACAGGCCACAGAUGAAGGAAGUUGUCGAGAAACUCUGGAAGAUCCGAAGGGAUUACGCGAAGACCCAAAGCAGAGGAGAAGUUAACCUUUAAACCAUCUGGUACUGGGUUACAUGCCUACAGUCUGCUGCCUUUUAUUUUUACAGCUGAACUCAGUUCUUGUUAAGGCUGAACAUUGGCGCUCAUUUUUGCGAUUACGGAACAGCUGAAAUCUGUACAGGGUUGCAACACUAUUGAUGUAUACUAUUGUAUAUCUAGGUGUAUUCAUGUUUAAGCGAUAAAUGUAGUGUACACCCCUAGAAUUGACGAUUUCUGUGGAUGGCUGUUAGCCAGUUCAACGUUUUCAGUGAUAUGUGCCCUCAAGGAAGUGCAAUGGUAUUAGACCACAGUACAGCUUUUGUG